UUGAAACGUUUUUGUAUAUCUUGGAGCCUUGGAGACGGCAGGUGGUAACAACCCAAAACUAGACAAAACUUACCUUUGCCGCUUUGGCGGACCCACUUCGCCAAAGAAUCAGAAACGACCCGCACGAGCGAGGACAUAAGGGUACGAGGACACACAGCAAGGUCUGCUAUAACGCACACGUCCUGUGCAUGUAUAAAUCGGCAAGACAACAUUCAUAAUUCAUUAGGUACAGCUCUUCAUUUACAAUGGGAUCUUCACAAUCACAACCUUCGCCCAACGACCGACCGAAUGGUAACGACGGUCGUCCGGCUUCACGACGGACCUCUUCAAACCCUCUUCGAUCUUUUCGUCGUCUAUCCAAUAUCGGGAGACACGCAACCGAUACUUCUUCGUCACAACCUGUUAGCGACGUUGGUGAGGAACAGAAGAACAAUGUGGAGGUGGAGAUGGAGCGAACCGGUAGUGGGAGUGGAGGGAAACGUAUGAGGCAAGCUUCCACUGUCGGUGAUACGAGAUUGAGUGGCAUCGAGAGAAAAAAGCCGAGGAUGGGAGAGAGACAAGAGUCUGGACCAUCGUCGUCCCGGACAUGGGCUGACCGUGAGGACGAACCCAUGCCCUCGGUUUCAACUUCUCGAACAAGUUGGUCUACUCAGCCUUAUCCCCAAUCCACAUCAACGCCCGGUCAGUCGGCAACCUUAUCUCCUACACUUUCAUCUGACGACUCUCUCUCCGAGGAACGUUUUCAAACGUUGUCUACUAUCCGCGACACCCUCGGCCCUGAAUGGCCACCUGCAGAUUCUCCUGCUGCGCCCGUUGUGGAGAGAUUUUUGAGGCGACAUUCCUCUCAGAACGUUGUGGGGCCUACUUCAUCCACGUUGGGGACUGGUGUAGGCGUGACAGCGGCUGGCGUAGGUGGUUCGACCCCUGGAAAUCACACCGUAGCUGAGGCCAGGAUUAAUUUGCAGAGAGCUAUGUCCCAAGCUCGCAAUUUAGCUGAUCGCAUUACCUCCAUGUCAGCUCGACUUAACGCUGGUCUUCUGGCUUCCUCCUCUCGUGAUUUCCAUGAUCCCCUAAUCAGUCAACCCCAACCUCAAUCUCUAUCUCAACAUCAACUUCCACCCUCAACAGGAGCCGCAGAUGAAGAGGUCCCUUCUUCAGCAAUGGAAGACCUCGCUGCCCGUUUGCGCGAAGCUCGGGAAGAACUAGCUGAGACUGAGCGGCAGUUGAAUGAAACCAGGGAGAGGUUCGAGUCGACGACCGAAAGAAGGAGAGUGCCUACCGGUGCAGUAUUGAUAGUACAAGGUUUGGCACAGACACAUACGUUUCCUGAUAUGGAGGAGGCUCAAAACAGAGAUGUAAAUGAAAGGGAGAGAGCUCAACGUAAUGAAGAAGAUGUGGGCUUUCACACCACCUUGGAACGGGAUAGUGAAGAUCGAACGAGUAGUGUGAGACCGAGAAGGGCUUCCGAAAGUAGAGUAGGAGAGAGGGUCGAGGCGCCCAGUGAAGACGGGGAAGGAGUGACUCUGCAACAGCAGGCGAACAUGAUUAGUGGUCUUCUCACUGUGGCCGCUGCAGCAACGGCUACUACCCUACUCGCUCCAGGAGGCAAUCGCCCCAGCCUCGCCUCUGCUGUUCAGCCUCAACGCCCUUCACCUUCUUCCACACUAGAAUCUAUGCUCAGCCGCUUGAGACCCAAUCGCCCCAGGCAGCAAACAGACCAGACCGUCGAGGCGUCCUUGGGGAAUUAUCUCCGCAAUGUUCUUCGUGACAACAGAGUAGAAGGUUUUACCAGUCCCAACACCACAUUAGGCACUACAGAGAUCUCCUCGACAGCCGCUUCCUCCCCUGCUGAUCCACCUCCACCAAGUCAAGAUCCUGCAGCCGAUGCAGCUGAAGAAGCCAUCUCUUCAGAGUUCCAAACCUUCCUUGAAGGGCUGCAAGAGGAGCUUGUGGAUGCUGUAAGAGCUUUUGCUGGACCUUUACCUGAAGCAGACGAGGAGGCGAGUGCUCGAGAUGGUGAAGACGUAGUGCGGUCUAUGGCAGACGCCAGCCUUGAUCCUUCCACAAGUAGGGCAGACAACAUCUCAGUCUCUGCCGGAGCAACAUCUACCCAAUUGACCGCUGUUGAGAAUCCCACCUCUACUUCCAACUCCAUUCCAACUUUUCAUUCGCAGUUAGGACAAAACCUUCCAGGUGUCCGAAGAGAAGUUCCCUCCGUGACUGGUGGUCGAGAUGGUGUACCUAGACGGUUGAACUUUUUCAGAGUGCACACUUUCCCUGCCAUAUCACCAAUUACAGGGCGGCGAAUUGAGGGUCGUCAAGUCUCCGAGGGUGGCCAAAACAAUGGAAAUGAGAUUCAGACUGAGGACGAUAUUGCUAGAACAGCCUCUCCACAGGAAACAGCGGAGCAGCAGACGCCUACAAUCGGUAACAAUCAAUCACGAGCUCAACCACACACGCGGGCACAGACGCAAGAUGACGAGCCUCUGAUACCCUGCAUAUUUAUCGGCGUACGAAGUAUCCGUCAUGAUCCAGCCAUGACCACGGAUGACCUUGUUUCCCACCCUCAAUUCCCUUUCGUCAAUGGUGAAGUGCCGCCUCGGCCUCCCACAUCCGAAGGCGAGGGCGAAGGUACCGAAGAGAAUGCGGGUGAGGAGGAUAGUCAGGAAAGGGAGGGUAUACUUCGCGAUCAUGACCAAAGUCAUGAAGAGGAGCAGCCUGCUACUAUUUCAACCCGGCAGGGGCGUGCGGCCUCUUCACCACCCGAAAGAGACCGCCGUUCCCUUCGCGAGCGUUUUCUCUCCCACCUGCGUCGAACCACAUCUCCUGCAUCUCCUCGCACACCCCCUUCGGGACCGUUGAACACCUAUCUUGUUUAUGUUAUCGGUGGUAACUACCCCCGGUCACAUCCUGUUUUGAGGAUGCCUUCUCUCAUUCAUGGUGGUGCGAUGACAGAUGAAGAACUCCAGUUUGUAGGUGACCUUCUAGGAUCGGCGAGUAACCAGACUGUUGAGAAGGAGAAGCUCGACAAUAGUGGACUGCAGGUGAUCAAAGGGAAGGAAAUGGAGGAUAAGGGGGAAACAGGCGAAGUAAUUGAUAGCUGUGUCGAACAAUGUCUUGUCUGCCUGUCAGGUUAUGAUCCAGAAGAGGAUUGCCGUAUCUUGGGCUGUCGUCACGCCUUCCACAAGGAUUGUGUUGAUCAGUGGCUGACAACGGGAAAGAAUUCUUGUCCCGCUUGUCGUACUGAAGCCGUUGAUUCAAAGCCUUCAUGGACCGAGGAGAAUACGGCGACUGCGGCGGCCGGUAUGGAUGACGUUGAUUGAACGGUUGAAGAAAAAAAAGAGGAAAAAAACCAAAAUAGAAGCACAUAACGAUUCAAGAACCCGGCAUUCCACUUUUUUUCUCUCAUUGUUAUUGUACGUCAUAUUAGGCUGCAGACACAUUAUUUCCUUGUGAGGUUCCAAUCGUGGAAUCUUCCCACAAAUUUAAGUUGGCAUGAUUAUCCCAUGCAAUUCCAGUAUCAAAAGUUCGAGAAAUCAGAGAAAUGAAGGGAGAUGAUGGUGAUGAUGACACGAGAAGACAGUCCUUCAAGCACUUUUUCCACACCGCAUGUUGCAAAUCACCUAGGUUGCUGUAUUUCUGGAUUAUUCAUUAGCAGGUCAGACUUAUGCAUGUCCAUGUCCUCG